AUGUAUUUUUGCAGAAGAGGAGAUAUGCUUCAGCAUGUGGACAACACGUACACCAACCACUUCAAAGUCGAGCGCGACGAGGUUAGUGGGGUUAAUUGGACUCGUUUCCCCCACUACGCCAACCGCGUUAGCCAUCCUUUUGAGGAUCACGCGGAUAGCCACGGAAACCUCGCAGGGCUAAACCGACCCCAUUUUAAAAGAGCGAACCUUCGUGAAGACAACUCCUACCUAAAUGCAAACAGCCAACUGGAAAACAACUCGUCAAAAAUGGGGCAAAAGAACGCAAAAACAAACAACGAAGGAAUUUUCCACCUCAGUAACGAUGCAUACAAUAGCAGGUACAGUAACCUCCCAUAUAAUCAUACAGGAGAAAUGAACCCCAGGAAUUACAACUUUAACAAUAUUAAGAUUGUGGAGGAUGAUGAAAACUACAGUUGUAGCAUGAAUCCCGUGACAAAUGUUGCUGGUGGGAAAAUGGGAAAUCAUCCACCAAACGGGAGCACUCUAGACCAUCGGAAUUUUCAACUCAAAAGUGACGAUAUAAAUACCGACCAUGGCAGGCCCCACCAAGACUAUGCCAGAGUGAAUCGGGAAAAUUGGGUACUCCCAAUGGAUCACAAUAAAGGCAACGGUACAGGACCCUACCACCACAUGUUCAAUAACGAAAUGGAUUUUCUAACACCCAAUAGGGUUAGCAACCAGGAUACACAAAGCCCAAAUGCAAAUAACAACCCCGGCAAUUUUCAUCCUCAUCAGUACAAACAAAGCAAUAGAAUGGUAGAUGAUAAGUAUGAAGAGCUCAAGAACAAAUGGCAGCCACCCCCCAGUUAUCAUUACGGAAAUGUUGCUCCUCCGGUAGCAGGUCCUCCGACUGCAUCUUCUAUCGCUCCACCAGUAGGAAUCAUACAGAAGAACAAAGCCGAUCUGUAUGACAACGCAGGGAAGACAAACUCUCCACCAUAUGGAAACCACUUUAACAUGAACACUCUCUAUGGCAACUUUAACAACAAUGCGAGCCAGUGGAAAGACAUGACUCUGCGUCAAUUCACCAACAAGGAUAGAAUGUACAAUGGUGAAUAUGAAGGUGGAGGUAACUACCACGGCAAUCACAUCAACAGUCAACCAGACGCAUCUACUUUUCUGAAGAAUAAACCACCAGACAUCGACGAUAUUAUUAAAAAGUAUACGGAGAAGGAAAAUCAGGAAGACAAUUUCAAAUUCAAUUGGGGCUAUGGAAAAAAUGAAGUGACAGGGAGGGAAGUCUUCAAAGGAGACAACAAACAUAGGAACAUGAACGAUGGCCAUGUCAGGAACUACCUCCUUAAUGAGGAUAGAAUUGGUAACCACGCGAAUUCCAGCCCUAGUUGCACUCCCCAACAUAAUGCGCUGUACACCUUCAAUCAGAACGGUGGUUACCUUCCCAUGGGCCUCAAGACUGUAAACACGAACAAUGGAUCCAACCCCACGAACAGCAACAAUCCUGGUAACGAUACCAAUGUGGUAAAUGUUCCAAACGGAGGGAGUACCCCCCUGGUGUAUCCCAAUUUCUCCUCCCUACGGAAUAAGGAAAAGGAUGAGGAAGAAAAAAAAAGAGAAAAAAAAAUCAAUCUUUUGAAAAACAUAAUCGUAACUAACCCGAAUCCUAAGUACAAUUUUAGUUUCAGUGACGACCUGUUUGAAAGUCUUCCUGCACAUGAAAAUAAUUACCUUAACACAAGUUCUCUUGCCGACUUUAAUCAUGUGGCAAGUGGGAACCGCGCUCACCAGGGACAAGACGAUAUAUUGGGAGAACGCUUGCAAAACAGGCUAAGUGCGCACAACAAUACAUACGAAGAUUUCAACACACCGGAGAAACUGAAUGAGACACCGUGCAUAAGGAACAGGCACCAUUUCAAGAGCGAGGUGAUUCCGGGUGAGGAGGAUUGCUAUGCGGAUAUGUUUGGACUGGACCGCCCUGCAGUGGGCGAGUUUGGGGGAAACCACUUUGGAGUACGUAAAUAUGGAGUGGAUAACUUCCCACGGGACAAUCAACCUCAUGAAAUAAGAGGCAACGACGAGAACUUCCGAUACGAAAAGCAAAACGCGGAUCGCGAGUUCAGCCAGAACCCAUUCCUCAAAUGGGAAUCAAAUAAGAAUUCCAACCACGCAUUAAGAGAUAGAGAUAAAAACGGUAUAAAGCUGUAUGAAGAGAAUUUCAAGCAGAGAGGAGCUACCACUCUCGGCGCUUUUAGCAACAACACGAGGCUUCAUACCAUGGCAGACUUACACUCGAACCAGGAGAAUAAGCCUCCUCCGUUGAUAGACAUUCUGGAAAACAAGUCUCCUAACUUGUUGGGUGAAAAAACAUUUGUAAGAAAAAUAGAUCCAUAUGGAAAAAUGGAUAAGUUAGACUACUUCAAGAAGUUUGAAAAUAGCACCAACCAUGUGAGUGAGAAUGUGUUUGGAACGCCCGAGGGGGGUGGAAGGGUCGAGUCGACCAGAUCUUACAAUAAUGCUACACAACAUGGUGGCAUUCCUCAGUACCUUGACCCUGCGCAACAGGGUGAUGCCUUCUCAAACAUCAAUAGCAUGAAUAUUUUCAAGACACACGCAAAGGGUGGCGAUAACUACGAGGAGGGAUCUAUGCUCAGUAAGAAUCCUCUGAACGGGGUGCCCAAACAUACGAAGAGAUACCUCCAGGAAGAUUUUGCUAAGCCAAGUAACAACCUUUUCAACAUGGAAAAUAUUUUCCAGUCCGACAAGAGAAAUGGAUUUCUUAACGAAGUUGAUAAGUUCCCCUUUGUGAGGAAUGAGGGUCUCUCUCAUAGAUAUAUGUUUGAGAGAGAGAGGAAUCCCCACCUUGAUCUAUCCAUUCGUGAGAAUAAAAACUUCACCUAUAGGGAUGAUAAAGACAUGAUUCGUCGUCCCUAUUUUGACAAAAGUGGAAGAACAAUGUUUGAACCAUACGAUGAUCCAACAUUGAGGCCUCGCCAGUAUGAUCACUUGAAUGUCCCCAUGAGUAACAAUUGGGAUGUGAAAAAGGGUGGAAACUAUCGAGACGCUUUCAUAGAUGGAGACAACUUUAGGAAUAAGGUAGAACAUGGUCGAGGCGAUGAACAUGUCGGAACCAUCUACAUGAAUAAGAACGAUAAGGAUGGAUUAUUUUCCAAGUCGAACUUCCACUUCAUUGAAAAAAAAAAUUCCACCAAUUUUGGAGAGGUCACCACUCCAACGGGGAGAACACCUAUCCGUGAUGAACCUACCAAGGAGCACAUAAAUCAAAACUCACAUUACGACACACAAAGGAGGGUAAGCAAACCUUCCAACACUUUAUUUAACAAUUACCAUUCAACUGUGAAGACCAACCCGAUGCAUGACCAUCCGACAGGCGUUACUUCGAACCAACAUUGGGUAGAGGGAAGAGGAUUGCACAACUUCGCCAGGCAACAGAACGAGAGUGCCAUCGGGACAAAAUCUUACCUGGAAAAUGAGCAGGACGAAAACAAAGAGACUGCGAAUAGACUUAAGCAAAUUAAUCCCCCCUCAUGGAAAUAUGAAGCUAGCCAAAAUGUAGUCGUGCCAACCUCGAACAUCAGCUUUCAAACAAAUUUCAACCAGAUAAACAAUGAUGCGAAGAAAAACAUGCUAGGUGGAAACAGAGAUGGUGAUAACGGUGUGCUUAACGGAGGUGCCAACUGGAGGGGAAAUCACAAUAACUUCGGAACCACCGAUGCUAAGGCCUUCCUUGGAAUUCUCAGCGAGGAACAGAACAGGUACUCCAAUUUGUUGAACACCGUGGGGAGGUACACCCCUAGGGAUGGCACGACAGGCGAUGGAAUUGUACGCGAUGGAACUGUACGUGAUGGAACUGUACGUGAUGGAACUAUACGCGAUGGAACCGUACGUGAUAUCAACCCUCGUGACGGACACAACCUCCUAUCCAACUACACAAACAAGAGGCCCUUCAAUCCAAGCGGUGUUCACAACUUCAGCUUCGCCAAGCAACCCGUCCACAGGCAACUCCCCCCCCUGCCCUUUAAACAUUCUUCUAAACAGGCCAACCCUCAAGGGGAUGGCCAGACAAAGUUGAAGGCGCUCGAUUUUAUGGACAAACAGAAUCUGGGAGAGGGGGGGGAAGCGUUUGGCGGGGGCGGUAACACUCACUUAGAUAGAUUCAAUCACGGCCAUCUGACAAACCAAACGCACAACACCCACAGUGGUAAUGAGAAUCUGCUGAAGAACAGCUUAGCCCCGUUGAGGGACAAGAACAACCCAUAUCUUGGACCCUUGGCCGAACUAACCCCCUUCGACCGAUACAAUGACGGCAAGGAUGUGUUGCAGAGGAGGGCUGACCUCUUUCACCAUAAGAACGAAUCAAAGGAUUGUGGGCUGAAAUCUGGGAACGUGAAAUUUAGUAACUACCUCAGUGGCUACCCCGAUCAGUCCUCCUUCCUUAAUGAAAAAAAAGGUGCCAUUAGCUUGGUCCACAGAAAUGGAAAGAGCAAGUACAGCCACGGGGAAAGUGUAGAGAAUCAUUUAGGAGAACCACUUAGUGGAAAAUUGCUUGGUGGGAAUACGUUUCUCAACAAGGAGAAGGAAGACGCCCCGAAGGGUAAGUGGCCAAACCAAGGAAACCUCAACCUGAGCUUGGUGCCAGGUGAGGCGGAUAGGAGGAUAAGGAACUUGGGUUAUGAUAGGGAGAGCCGCAUAUCCCUCAGUAAUAACAUUUCGAUGUUGCUAGAAAGGAUAAGUAACAACUCGGAUAGGAAGAAUGGUCUGAAUGACUUCGCCACAAAGCACAAAAGUAGCGAUAGCUCCAACGUCAACAACGUCAAUACAGUAAAUUACAACGACAACUUAACGAUAGACACACAACAGUUCGUAAUUUCUGAUCACCAUAUAUGCAACUUUGGCUUGUGGAGAUUAUAUAGAUGUAAGGUGAGACAUGAUAAGGGCUCCUUCCUUGUGAGUAUCGUUGAUUCCUUUUACCUGAACAGGGGAGAUAGCAAUGACACGGUAGCCAACAAUAUCCUGUUCCACAAGAGACUGAGACACAUAAACAUUUUAUCCUAUCAAGGGAAGGCGGCUGAUAAAAACAAAUUGUAUUUAUUGUUUGAGCAUGUGCAUGGGAAUGUGUUGAAGUAUCAGAGUGCCCCCCUGGAGGAGAACAUCAUCGCUUGCUACGCUUACCAAAUUGUGGAUCUCCUGGAGUAUAUGCACACCAACUUUAUUUUCUUUCACGGACUCCUUUCCAACAUAAUCAUACUGCAGAAGAACACCCGGGAGGAGCUCCUGCAAAUUCUACACGAGCGGAACAAAAAUGUGAACAAGUACUUCGACAUCUACAAGCACGGCAUUGUCAAGGUUUUCAACUUUGAUUUUGCGAACAUGGAUGCAACCGAGAAGGAUUAUCAGUUUGACUUCCUCUGUCUAGCCGUGCUUAUAUAUGAAAUGUGCACCAAAUACAACACAUACUAUUCGAGCAAAUUUGAAGAUAUAACCGAACGGAUAUAUAACACCGACUUUUUUUUCCCGCACUUUGUCUCCUUUGAGUUGAAGAAUUUUUGUUACGAACUGUGCUCGAAAAGAAGACACUCCUUUAGUGAUCUCAAGAAUCAUGCGUGGUUUCAAAAAAAUUUGAAUUUUUAA